AUGAAUAAAUUUACUCUGACAUUCUAUCAUAGUGAUCUUGAAAUCUAAUAUCAAGCAACAAGAAUUUUGGUCAGGAAAAGAAUCUUUUAUACUAUUCUGGUUAGUUAUCUUAUUAUGAAUUUGAUUUCGUAUAUUUAAGACAUCCUUACAACCAGAAAUCAAUUCUUAAUGUAAUUAGAACUUCUUUUAAUUUGCAUACUUAUCCUCCUUUAUAUAAUUUAUUGUUACAUGGAUAACUAUUUUAGUAUUUACUUUUUUAUUUUAAACAUGAUCGGAUGUAUGAUGCAAUUUUUACUAUUAAAUAAUUAGUCAACUUAAAAAAUAUUCAUAUUUGGUGCAAAUCUUAUGGCAAGUUAGAUGAUACUAUUACAAAGAUCAGAUUUCAUUUUAUCACUUAUUUAAAUACUUUUUAUUGGAAUGACAAGAAUAACACUGUUGAUUGUUUUAGAGGAAAUAGAUUAUCUUACAAUUUUAACAACUAUUUUGAUUUCAAUUUUUUUAGCUUUUAUUUAAUUCAGAAGUGAUUCAAAUAGAAGAUAACAAUUUUUAUUAGCACUCAAAAACAACCAUUGGGGUAUAUAUAAAUAUAAAAUAAGAUCAAUAUUUGCCAUGCAUGAUUCAAAAGCCGUUUUUUUAUUUUGAAUAUGAUCACUCUCAGUUUCUAAUAAAGAAUAUUCACAGAAAAGAAGAAAUACCAAUUUAUAAUAGGGAAUUAUGUUAAGGAUGUAAUCUAAGAAGUUUAUUGAGAGAUUAUAGCUAUGAAAAUCAGACUUUAGAAUCAUUUAUUUUAAAAAGAGCUAAAAGCAGAGUACCUCUUAUUUAGGGAGUUUAGAUGAGUUGUUAAAAUAAAAAGAAAGGAAUAUUGAAUAUUGAAUAUACAGAGAUUUUUAGUGAUGCUCAUAUCUACAUAAUAAGUAUUAUAUCUUAAUGUAAUACUAAUGAUAAACUUCUUAUAAAGAAAAAGUAAGCGUUUGAAUUGUAUCUUAUGAAUUACACUAGAAACUUAGUGAAGAUAUUCAAUAUUCGAAAUUGUGGUAUAAAAAUAAUAAAUCUUAAUAUUAAUUAUCUUUGUCUUCUUUAUUAAGAGGAUCAAAAAAUUAAAAUAUUUUCCCCUCAGUUUGCUCUUCUUUAGAUAAUAAAAUUGAUGAAUAAAAAAAGGAGAUAAUGCAAUAUUCAUAUAGUUAGUGAUAGUAAUAUAGAGAUAUAAGGAUAUAAAAAUAAGUUCAUUUGUUUUUGGCUUUAAAUUGUGAAUUUGGUAGUAUAGUUAAGUAAAAGAGAAUAGAUAGAAAUAAAACUUAUAAAAAGAGAAUAGGAUAUUGAAUUUAAACUUUAAUUAAGUAUAGGAGUAUAAGAAUGUGUGAAAUUAUGGAUAGGUUAGAAUAGAUUUCUGUAAAAAUUAUUGAAUGAUUUAUUUUGGGAAGUAGAUAUGACUAAUUUAAGAUUUAAAAUGUUUAAUGAUGUUGAUAUAUCCUAUUUAAAAUAUAUAAAAUGA